ACCGGUUAAAAAAGUUUUGUAAAUUUCUCAAUUUAAUAAUAAGGCAAGUUUACUCUAUAUCAACUUAGAAGUAUAUAAUAUUUUGAUUAUUAUUUAAACAGCAUAAAUUUCAAUAAUUUGUGCUAGCAUUUGCUUCAAUUUACUAUGAAUUUUAUGAUAAUUACUAUAAAAUGACUUUAGAUUUAUAUAUUCUUAUUACUUGUGUAAAAUUAUUGCUUAUACCGUCUUACUUCUCGACCGAUUUUGAAGUACAUCGUAAUUGGCUUGCUACAACUUAUAGUCUUCCCUUAUCUCAAUGGUAUUCUGCAAAACAUUCAGAAUGGACUCUAGAUUAUCCACCAUUAUUUGCUUGGUUUGAAUAUAUUUUAUCUAAAUUAGCCGUGUAUGUAGACAAAGAUAUGCUGUCAGUAAAUAAUUUAAAAUAUUCAUCAUCAGACACAAUUAUUUUUCAACGACUUAGUGUUAUAAUCUCUGAUAGUGUAUUUUUCUAUGGAUCUCAUAAGUGUGUUCAAAAUAUCGCUUUAAUAAUACCAAAACAUAUAAAAAAACAGAAAUUAUUUAAUGAAGAUAAAAAUACUAUAAAAAUUUUUCUCGUAGCCAAUGUUACAUUAUUACUCCUUGAUCAUGUUCACUUUCAGUACAAUGGCUUUUUAUUUGGGAUACUACUUAUUUCAAUAUCACAUAUCUUAAAAGGUGAAAAUUAUUGGAGUGCUUUUUGGUUUUCAGUUUUAUUAAAUUUUAAGCAUAUUUAUUUAUAUUUAGCACCAGCAUAUUUUAUAUAUUUGUUAAAACAUUUUUGUUUGAAACAAAAUACUUUAACAGCUUUGCGGCGUUUGUUAAAACUAACUGUUAUUAUUUUAAUUGUAUUUGGAAUAUCUUUUGGACCAUUUAUAUGGUAUGGCCAAUUAUCACAGGUUUUACAUCAACUAUUUCCUUUCAAAAGAGGUUUGUCACACUCAUAUUGGGCUCCUAAUUUUUGGGCAUUGUAUAACACUCUCGAUAUUGGAGCUAAAUUAGCAUGUAAAAAUUUCGGAUUUCUUAAAAAAAAUGAAACAGCAUCUAUGACUGGAGGAUUAGUUAAAACAUUUAAGCAUUCCAUUUUGCCAUCAAUUACUCCUCAAACUACAUUCAUAUUGACAUUAGUAUUCAUACUGCCUUGUUUAUGGAGGUUAUGGAAUUCAAAAAAAUGCUCAAUAGAUUUUAUUCAAUGUCUUGUGUUGUGUGGAUUGACAUCAUUUUUAUUUGGUUGGCAUGUUCACGAGAAAGCAAUACUUUUAGCUGUUAUACCAUUAACAUUAUUGGUUGAUGUGUCAUCUUGUGAUUGUGCUGUAUUCACUUUAUUAUCAACAAUUGCUACAUACUCAGUGUUCCCGUUAUUAUUUGAACCAUUAGAAUUUCCUACUAAAACCUUACUUUUUUUGGUUUAUGUUUACUUUUUGUAUAAGCGUGGUAAAUUUAAUUCACUAUAUAGUAUAGAGCGGUACUAUUUAAUUAGUCUUGGACCAUUAUUAUUGUUAACAGAUAUUGUAAUAAUCUUUCUUGGUCUCAAAAAUAGAUACCCAUUUUUACCAUUAUUACUAACUUCCUUUCAUAAUAGCAUUGGUGUAUUCUAUUGCUGGUUAAAAUAUUAUUUUUAUAAUUUAUACUCAAACUCAAAUCAGAGUAAGUAUAAAGAUAAAUAAAUAUUUUAUUUUUAU